UUCGUCAAAAUAGCCAACUACCAGGACCUGUUGGGCAGCCAUCAUCAACUGCUCAUAGCCGCCACCGCCGCCGCCGCUGCAGCAGCCGCCGAACCGCAACUGCAACUGCAACAGCAACUGCAACUGUUGCCAGCAGGGCCGACGACACCAGCAGCCAUAGCCCUUCAAUCCGGCAAUACCGCACUCCCAUCGAGCCUACCAUCGAUCAAUCAGAUCAGCAGCGCCAACCAGAACAACAACAACCAGCAGGCGGUGUUUGAAAAAGCCAUCACCAUUUCGUCGAUUGCGAUUAAACGCAGGCCGACGCUGCCGCAGACGCCAGCAAGUGCCCCACAGGUGUUGUCGCCGUCGCCCAAGCGCCAGUGUGCCGCCGCCGUCUCCGUGCUGCCGGUGACCGUUCCCGUGCCCGUUCCGGUCUCCGUACCGCUGCCCGUCUCCGUGCCCGUGCCCGUCGCGGUCAAAGGCCACCCGAUCGCCCACACCCACCAGAUCGCCCACUCCCAUCAGAUCUCGCACUCGCAUCCGAUCUCGCAUCCGCACCACCACCAGCUGAGCUUCGCCCAUCCCACACAGUUCGCGGCCGCCGUUGCCGCCCACCACCAGCAGCAGCAGCAACAGCAGGCCCAGCAGCAGCAGCACGCGCAGCAGGUGCAGCAGCAGCAGCAGCAAGUGCAGCAGCAACAAGUUGCCUACGCCGUCGCGGCCUCGACGCAGCAGCAGCAGCAGGCGCAGCAGCAACAGCGACUGGCCCAGUUCAACCAGGCGGCAGCAGCAGCUCUGCUCAACCAACACCUGCAACAGCAACACCAGCAGCAGCAACAGCAGCAAUCUCUGGCCCACUACGGCGGCUAUCAGCUGCACAGAUACGCUCCCCAGCAGCAGCAGCAGCAACAUAUCCUUGUGAGCAACACCAGCAGCAGCAGCAACAAGCACAGCAGCAACAGCAACUGCAGCUCGGCAGCAGCAACAUCAGCGGCUGUGCCAGUAGCAACAUCCGUUGCUGCGGUGCCGACCAGCGGCGGCAGCUUGCCGGACAGUCCCGCCCACGAAUCGCACUCGCACGAGUCCAACUCCGCGACCGCAUCCGCGCCGACCACGCCCUCGCCGGCAGGCAGCGUCACCAGCGCCGCCCCCACAGCAACAGCUACGGCAACAACAGCAACAGCAACUGGCACGCCAGCAACAUCGGCCGUUAGCGACAGCAACAACAACCUGAACAACAGCAACAGCAGCCCCAUAAUGGAGAAUCAGAUGGCUCUAGCCCCGCUGGGACUUUCGCAGAGCAUGGACUCGGUGAACACGGCCAGCAAUGAGGAAGAGGUUCGCACACUUUUUGUCAGCGGUUUGCCCAUGGACGCCAAGCCGCGUGAGCUUUAUUUGUUAUUCAGAGCCUACGAGGGCUACGAAGGAUCUCUUUUGAAAGUAACGAGCAAAAAUGGCAAAACUGCAUCGCCCGUUGGCUUUGUGACAUUCCAUACAAGAGCUGGAGCUGAGGCAGCUAAACAGGAUCUACAGCAGGGUGUACGCUUCGAUCCCGAUAUGCCCCAAACAAUUCGCUUGGAAUUCGCCAAGAGUAACACGAAAGUGAGCAAACCCAAACCACAGCCCAAUACAGCGACAACAGCCUCACAUCCUGCAUUGAUGCACCCACUCACUGGACAUCUGGGUGGGCCCUUCUUUCCGGGCGGACCGGAGCUAUGGCAUCAUCCGCUAGCCUAUUCGGCAGCCGCGGCCGCUGAAUUGCCAGGAGCAGCUGCCCUGCAGCAUGCAACGCUAGUGCAUCCGGCCCUGCAUCCGCAGGUGCCAGUGCGCUCCUAUCUCUGACUAAAUACAGACAAAGUAAUGGAGCAGCCUAUGCAUCAAACUCAAAUGACCAUGCCGCCACAUCAUCAGACAACUGCUAUUCAUCCCGGAGCUGCGAUGGCUCACAUGGCUGCUGCUGCGGCGGCCGCAGCUGCCGGCGGGGGUGGUGGAGCGGCGACCGCUGCUGCUGCACCGCAGAGUGCCGCUGCGACGGCCGCCGCCUCUGCCGCUGCCGCGGCUGCUGCCUCGCACCACCACUAUCUGUCGAGUCCGGCUUUGGCCAGUCCCGCUGGAUCCACGAACAACGCCAGCCAUCCGGCCAAUCCGCAGAUCGCCGCCAAUGCGCCCUGCUCCACGCUGUUUGUGGCCAACCUGGGGCAAUUCGUGUCCGAACACGAGCUGAAGGAGGUGUUCUCUAGUAUGCCUGGCUUUUGUCGCCUACGAAUGCACACAAAAGCCAUGGCAGCAGCAACUGGCUCAAGCUGCUCCACCAGUAGCAACAACAACAGCAACAACGGCAACAUCGCUGCGGUGCAGCAACAUCCGGUGGCAUUCAUCGAGUUCAAGGACCCACCGACCGCCUCCCAGGCCAUGCAGCAGCUGCAGGGUAAAUAUCUGCUCAGCUCGGAUCGCGGUUCCAUUCGCAUCGAGUUUGCGCGCAGCAAAAUGAUCAACGAGCUGGCCAUAAUGAACAGCAAGGCACCGCCACCACCACCGCCAGCCAUGAGUGUUGCUGCUGCAGUAGCAACGGCACCGCCACCACCUCCACCACCACAAUCCAUGUACAUCCUGAACGGCGGCGGAGGGGUCGAGCACCUGCUGGUACCGGCACCACCGCCGCCGACACAGCAGCAGCAACUCCACAUGCAGCAACUGCAACAGCAACUGCAGCUACAGCAGCAACAUCAGCAAAUGCAGCACCAGCACCAGCAGCAACAGCAACUUCAGCAGCAGCAGCAACUUCAGCUGACCGUGGCAGCACCCUGCACCACAGCAAGCACCACCACCAACAGCACCACCACUAGCGUUGUUGUUAACUCACUACAGCACCACCAACUUCAUCAUCCAAAUCAGCACCACCAAAAUCAUCUCUUUAGAGACCAGCAACAUCAACAGCAAGCAACAAUCCAGCAGCAAUCAGCAACAACAAGAGCGGGUAUGGAAUCACGGCAUGAUUUGCUCGCUAAGAAGCUAGAGCGCGAAAUGCAGCAGCAGACGCAAGUGCACCACCAGACGCAGCAGCAGCACCACCAUACAGCCGCGGCGCAGCACUACCACCACAGCCACCAGACAGCGCACCACCAGCACCACCAACAGCAGCAGCAGCAGCAACAACAGCAGCAACAGCAGGCCCAACAGCAACACCUGAGCCACCACCACCACCACCACCAUCUUCAUCAUCAGCACCAUCAGCAGCAACAGUUCUUGAUGACGCCGACAGCAACCUGACCCGGUGGCAAUUUGAGCCACCAUUAUGCGACGACGACGACGACGCAGCACCACCAGCUCCACCACCACCAGCCGCACCACCAACAGCAGCAGCAGAUGCAGCCGCACCACAUCUACUCGUACGUCCUGCCGGCGGUCAGUCACAUAGCAGCCUGAUGGGAUAACAUUUGAGUUUGAAAUCGACAGGCAAACAGAGCUCCGCAUGCAACGGAUUCAUGCGAGGAGGCAAACCUUUAGUUCUAGAUAUAAACAAAAAAAAUAUUUAAAAAAUGCAAAAAAAAAAACAAAAAAACCAAAUGGAAAAAUCGCAAAAAGAAGUUAAUUUAUAUGUGACAGGAGGACAGGAGAAGAAACAAACAGACCCCGUAUAACCCAGUUUAGUGAAAUUUUUCGACAGGCAACAAAAACAGAUUUGUAGUGGAAACCAAAAACGGGAUAAACAUGUAGUAAAAUAUACAAUUUACGAUAGAUCGGAAGCUGAGCGAACUACUUAACUAAGUUAGUUGCAAUACAGCCGAUAUGCCCCUAUAAACGAAUACACACAUAUAUACAUAAACCUAUAUAUAUAGAUUAUAUAUAGAAUGCUGAUCAAGAAUUUGUUGGUUAUUUUACACCGUUUCAAUGUUUU